CUGCGUCGGGGCGCGAUUCCGCCUACAGCGGCACCGGUCGCGGGGAGCAGGAGCGCGGGGCCGAGGCACCAUGUCCCCGCACAGCGCCGCGCCCUGCCGCCCCCAGCCCGGCGCGCACUGCAGAGCCGGGGACGCCGCCGAGCAGCGCAAGACCCUGAAGCCGCUGAUGGAGAAGCGCAGAAGGGCCCGCAUCAACGAGAGCCUCAACCAACUGAAGACCCUCAUCCUGCCGCUCGUCGGCAAGGACAGCUCGCGCUACUCCAAGCUGGAGAAGGCGGACAUCCUGGAGAUGACCGUGCGGUUCCUCCAGGAGCUCCCUGCGCCCGGCUCCGGUGAGUGUCCCGGCCCGGCCCGGCCAGCCGGCCGCUUCCUCCCGGCCGCCGACGGGCGUCUGUCCCCGCCCGCGCCCACCCGCGUGUCUCUCCGCAGACCCCGCCGAGGGCUACCGGGAGGGCUACCGCGCCUGCCUGGCGCGCCUCGCCGGCCUGCUGGCCAAGGGCCGCCUCCUGGACCGGGACGCCGGCCGCCGCCUGCUCGAGCACCUGCAGCGAGCCAGCGCCGAGCCCGCCCGCCGCCCCCGCCGCGGCCCCGCGGGCUGGCAGCCGGGUCUCCCGCGCGCGGUGCCGCUGGGCCCGGCAGGGGGCGGCGCGGGGCGGGCGGGGCCCUGCUCGCCGGCGGCGGGCGCGGGGCUCUGGCGGCCGUGGUAGCGCCGCGCGGGAGGGCGCCGUCGAGUGCUCCCCGGCCGGGCCACAUGGGAGCCGCAGCCCGGGGCUGAGCUGCGAGCGCGCCAGCGGUCGGGCCGGCCGGGCCGCGCCGAGACACGGUCUCUUCAUUUGUCGCGAGGGCGACGCUUUCCGCUCGCUCCUGCCCCGAGCCGGCGGAGCAGGCGCUGGAGGGGCCCGGGAGCAGCAGGAGGCCGCGCUGCAGAGCGGCGCCCGGGAGCUGCAGCCCCCCGCCGGGUGGUACAGCAACGUCGGGGUGAUCGAGGGGCCGCGGGCAGCCCUGGUCUCCCCUCCCGCAGUGCCCCACCGCUGAACACGGGCAGCUGCGCACGGUGGUCGCCCGAGGAGACAGGCCUGGAGCCCUGGCAAGUGCAUCCGGCCAUGGCGGCCUGGAUUGGGGCCGAGCCUGCAAGGGUGGAACUGAGUGGAGCGCCCAGGGCAGUGGGCACAAGGCAUGGGAGGCUCCAGGGGAACCAUAGGGGUGCAUCCCUUCUGCAAGCUGUGCCGCAGGCUCAGGCGCUUCUCACCAGAAAGGCUGGAGAAUGCCGCUUACUGCAGGAGCGCUCUGUCCAUGGUGUUAUUAAAGUCCAGUUUCUCUCUGUAA